CGUCUGCGUCAACGUGCAUCAGUAAAUUGCGUCCUCCAACCACAUGUCGAGCCUCUUCCUGUCAGGACCUGGAGUGAUUUUUAAGAUAUGGAAGAGUUACCCGCAGAUAUCAGAAGUUUUAUCAGCAACCACCCGUUUUUUCAGCUUACGGACGGCAAAAAGCUCAAAUGCAACCUGAAUGGCCACGAGUUUCCUUGCAGCUUAGCAGAGUUGCAGAAGUUCAUCCAGGGGAAGAAAUACAAGAAACUGAGUUCAGCAGCAGAGUUUAACUACAGCCAGUAUGAGCCACACAUUGUUCCAAGCACAAAGCAACCCAAUCAGCUGUUCUGCAAACUCACUCUCAGACAUCUCAACCGGCAGCCGGAUCACGUCAUACGACACGUCAGCGGGAAACGCUUCAAGAAAGCACUUUCUCAAUAUGAGGAGUGUGUGCAAAAGGGGAUUGAUUAUGUUCCAGCCAGACUGAAACAGAAAAGACCCAAAGAACCGAGAGAAGAAUUCCAUCAGGGGAAGGAAUCAAAACGAUCGAACAUGUGGGAGCCCUCAUCCAGUGAGGAGGAACACAGUGACUCCGAAGACAGCAUGAGCGACCUCUAUCCAUCUUCUAUGUUCACUUUAAAAAAUCAAGUGGCUGAAAGUUUAAAGGGGGUAGAGGACGAGGAGGACUUUCAGACAGAUGAAGAUGAGGAAAUGGAAGUGGAGACACAGGUGGUGCAGCAGAAACGCAAAAAGGUACAGGGUGGAGGUUUUCAGAAGAAAUUCAGGAAUAACCGGUGGAAAUCAGGACGCAAGAAACAGGGAAAAGUUCAAAAUAAAAAGUGAAGUGUAAACGCAAA